GCUUACGAGAAAAAUUCAUGGGAGAUGCCUUCUUCGAUUCUCUGGCUCGUUGUUGCCGUCCGCUUCUCCGAUCAUGCUCGCUCGGCGACACUCCUCCGCCACACGGUUACCAGCUUCACGCCGCGCUUGUUAAGAAUGGACUUUUCUUUCUUUCAAGCAUUUCAUCGAACAUCUCCAGUGCCUUGUUUCACAUGUACGCCGCCCUUGGUCCUCCGGCCUCGGCGCUCCGGGCGUUCGAGGAGAUACCGGUUGUAGCGCGAUUCACGCCUGACUGGACAGCGCUGAUCUCGUGCCACAUUCGACAUGCUCUUCCUUCCCGCGCUAUCCUCUUCUUCCGCUCCAUGCUUCGUGCUGGGGCUUCACCAGACGAGGUCACCCUCAUUGCGCUCCUCUCGGCCUCUGCGCGCUUGUCUGACAACUUCUCUGGCUAUGCGGCGCACCUUCUCUUCUUCAAGCUCGGCCUCCCAUUCACCGCCGCGUCAUGCAAUGCCGCGAUGGAUAUGUACGCCAAGUCAAGCAGAAUGGAUGAAGCCUGGAAGCUUUUCAAAGAGAUGAAGGAACCUACGAUUGUCUCCUGGACAAUCAUCCUCACUGGCGCGCUUCGGUGGGAGGGUUUGAGAAGUGGGCAGGAGGUGUUUGAUAGAAUGCCUCAGAGGAAUGACGUCGCCUGGACGGUGAUGAUCUCGGCUUGCAUCGAAGCAGGACGUCCCAGAGAUGCUCUCAGUUUGCUAGGUGAGUUGUUGUUUGAUGGUGUUCACUUGAGGUGGCUCAACCAUGUUAGUAUGUGCUCGCUCCUCUCGGCAUGCUCGCAGGCUGGAGACCUCACCGUCGGUCGCUGGCUCCACACCCAUUUCAUCAAAGCAACAAGCUUUGCUGAUAAUUAUAAGGACCAUCUUCUCAAAGUGAACACUGCUUUGAUAGAUAUGUAUGGGAAAUGCGGAAGAGUAGACAAUGCACUCACUCUGUUUGAAAGAAUGGCGGAGAGAAACGUAGUGUCCUGGAAUGCAAUGCUGAGUGGUCUGUCGAUGCAGGGCAUGGGUCUCCGAGUGCUGCACUUGUUCACCAGGAUGGUCACUGAAGGUGAAGAGCAGCCAGAUGAUAUAACCAUGGUGAGUGUUCUCAGUGCAUGCAGUCGCUCAGGCUUAGUGGAAGAAGGUCGCAACAUGUUUCAAGAACUCGGCUCGAUUUAUAAGAUAACACCAAAAAUAGAACAUUUUGCUUGCAUGGUUGAUCUCUUAGGCAGGGCAGGGUGUGUAGAUGAAGCUGAAUCUCUCGUCAGGGCAAUGCCCAUGCAACCCAAUGAAGUAGUGCUUGGCUCACUGUUAGCCUCUUGUGCUUUGCAUGGGAAGCUAGAAUUGGGAAGAAAGCUGAUGCAAGAGCUUGUUCAAUUAUACCCAGAUAACACGGAGUACCAUGUCCUGCUGUCCAACAUGUUCGCAGCUUCCCAGAGACACACUGAGGCCGAUGAUCUCCGGAUGGUAGUGAAGAACAGAGGGAUUCAGAAGACUCCUGGAAUGAGCUUCAUUGAGAUCAAUGGCAUUGUGCACUGGUUCACUGCAGGUGAUAAAACACACCCUCAAACUACAGAGAUUUACACCAUGCUGGUUGAAAUAGUACGUAGGCUGAAGCUGGCUGGGUACACCAUUGAUGCAGCUUCUCAAAACUCCAGAGUUGCUGAUAACUACAUGGAGAAUGGAGAUGAGAGAGAGGAGCGUGAACAGGCUCUGUUGGUUCACAGUGAGAGGCUGGCAUUGGCACUAGGCCUGAUGAGCACAAAGCCUGGUGUAACACUGCGCAUUGUGAAGAAUAUAAGGAUUUGCUCUGACUGUCACUCUGCCAUGAAGCUUUGUGCUUCCAUCUUUGAGAGAGAGAUCAUCAUCAGGGACCGGAAUCGCUUCCAUUGCUUCAAGGCUGGUCUCUGCUCUUGUUCUGAUUUUUGGUGAAUGUGGCAAGUUUUUCCUUCAAAGGCCCUGGGAAUUCUGGAACAUCUUUUUUAGUAGCAAUAUCAGAUGGUGAAGUUACAAAGGACACAUGGAAUCUUGACGAUGGUCUUAUCUUGGCCCUUUUUUUUUCUCCUAAGGUCGUGCACAGAUUUCGGCGAAGUAAGUAGGAACAGGAUCUGUGCACAUACAGGCGCUGAAACCAUCCCCACACACAACCACUACUCACAUUUUCAGAAAUGUAUCCUCACUUAUGAUUCGAACUCUCACCACUUGUGAAAGAUUUUAAUAGAGACCCGGCUACCAAUAGACCACUUGGUCAUCGGUGAAUAGGCCCCUCAUGUUGCCUCCUGCAAUGUUCUUAUCAAGGCUUUGGCACAGGACUCUGAGAAGCAAUCGGUGUUCUCCAACUUAUGCUGCAUGAACAAUGCUGUCUCAAUGUCCAUUCUUACAAGCUCAAACUCACACUUCAUGAACAAUGCUGCCCAAUGUCCAUUCUUAUAUGUGGAUUGUUCAUGCUCUUAAAGGCGAAAAGGUUGGCGGAUUCAAUGUGGAAUUUCAGUUGUUCCCCAAACACUGGGCCUGUAUUGUGUUAAUGGAAGCACUCUGCAAGAUUUGAUAUUUCAAAUGAUGCUGAGAGAAUAUUAGAGGAGAGUGUUAGCGUGGGAGGGCAACCAACCGUGAUCACUCGACGGCAUUUAUGUAAAUGAUCUUUGUAAGAAUGGUGGUGCGGAUAAAGCAUUUGAACGAUUGGAAGUUAUACUGGAGAAGGGGUUAAUUAUAUCCAAAUUUUGUGACUUUGAGCGUUUUUGAUUUGCCUUUGUCAUUGCUCCAAGGCUUUGGGAGGCUUAGCGCCUGUUGGUAAAGAAGCCAUGGGAUGGAGUGUGAUUUGGAUGUUAUGAAUUAUAACACAAUCAUGAGUGAGUUGUUUAAGAAUGGGUAAUCUUUUAUGGUGCUUAAACUCCUAGGUAGCAUGAUGAGCAAGCACAUCAAUCCGAAUUAGUGGACUUUUAUUACAAGAUGCAUAGGCUAUGCGGAGUUGGGAAGCUUUCCUAUGCAAAAUUUGUAAUUGAACGUAGGGUGUUUAUUGCGAAUGAUGUUACUUUUACCAUUUCGAUGCAAUACUUUUGGUUGGGAAGGCAAUUUGGUGAGCUUCUAAUUGUGUGACGGACGGUGUGAUGGUUGAUAGUUUCAGUUGACAAGAGAAAUAUUCAGAGGCUAUUGAUUUCUUUGUUAGUUCUCUAGACGGUUGAUUGUUUCAAUAGACAAGGGAAAUAUUUGGAGGCUAUUGGUUUCUUCAUUGGUUCUCUGGACAGAUGGUGGGUUUUCACCGAAGGUUAAUUCUUUAGCUGGAUGGCCGGUUCUCACCAGAAGAGGCCGGGAACAUAGCUUAUGGGUUGAUAAGGGGGCCGGCCGGACGCUUAGCUUAUGGGUUGAUAAGCGGGUGAAUAACUCAGGGACACACUAAAUCUGCUUAAAUGGAUUACGAGUCAAGGAUGGGUUCCAGAUUUUUGCUUUUUCCGUUCAUUGAUCAAGGCGCAUGCUGUAGUAAUGGUUACUGUCAAGGCAUGGAAAAUACAUGAGGAGCACUUCAUCAUCUCUGUGGAAUAUGGUUUAGGGUAUAAAGAACUCUUGGAUCACAUUAUACUGGAGGGAGCUAACAUACUGCAAUAUCUGUUAAUACAUGAUGGAUCUAUGAAGAACAGUGUAGAUGGAGGUCAGACUUCAAACUCAAAACAUAGUAGUAGAUGCAUUGUACAAACUUAAUUGAUAAGAUACACAACAAUAUGUAUAUUCAUCCAUAGAUGAGUUCAUAUAUGUUCUCUACUGUUUAGAUGUAUGAUUAAUUUGAAAUUAUAAGAUUAUUUUCUCUAGUUUUGGAUUGAAGAAAUUCUCAUGUAUUCAAUC